AAGCUGGAUCUGCGUCUUCGUUUCUUGCGGAUCCGUUUCCUCGGAAGAGGUGAACCCUGAAGGCAUUCUAUAAUUGAAACUUACAAACUGCACAUAAGAUACUGUUAAAACGUGUGGAAUUUAUUGCAAAAGCGAUACCCGGAGACUGCAUAAUGUCAACACACUGCAACCUCACUUCACCGCCAGAGGAACAUUUACGUUGUUCGCUCUGUCUGGACCUCUUCACCGAACCCGUCACCACAACAUGCGGUCAUAGUUUCUGCAGGACCUGCCUCAGCCAGCGAUGGAGCGACGGCGACUGCUACCAGUGUCCAAAGUGUAACAAAAGAUUCCCCGUGAAGCCAGAGUUCUCCACAAACGAAGUCAUGGAGGAAAUGUCAGUCCAAUUAAAGAGACGGAAAACCGAGGCACUCGAAAGCGAAAACGCACCGUGGCAGGUGAAGUGCGACGUGUGCGCGGAUUUGAGGUUCAAGGCGUCCAAGUCGUGCCUGGUGUGUCUGGCGUCGUACUGUGACGGACACCUGGAGCCUCACCGGAGGGUCCCCGCCCUGAUGAGACACAAGCUGGUGGAGCCACUGGAGAACCUGGAGGAGAGGGUUUGUGAGAAGCACGCCAGGAUCCUGGAGUUUUUCUGCAGACGGGAACAAGCGUGCGUCUGUCUGCUGUGCUGCGAAGCAGAACACAGAGACCACGAGACGGUACCUGUUGAAGAGGAGGGGGCUCUGCAGAAAGAAACCAUUGAUUCCCAACAAACAAAAAUCCAUCUCAGGAUUGAUGAAAGAAUGGAAAAGAUAGAGGAAUUUCAAAAAACCUCAGAAAUGAGCAAAGUAAAAGCAGCCAACAUAAUUGAGGACGGUGAGAAGUUGUUCAGUAUUCUGAUGAGCAGAGUGCAAGAGAUUCAAAGCAAACUGCAGUCAAACAUUGAGAAAGAAUUGAGAAAAUCCAAGGAAACUGUCCAGGCGAUGAUUCAGGAGCUGAAAGAGGAGGUUGCAGCUCUGCAGAUGAAACACUCUCAACUAGAUGAACUUUCACAAAAGGAAGACAACCUUAGACUUCUACAGACAUUGCAGACUCUGAACACCAUGUCAAAAACCAAGGACUGGUCCGAGACCAAGGUUUACCCAGAUCUGUUUGUUCACACAAAGAGGACAGCCAUGGAACAUCUUGUCAAUUGUUUUCAAACAACACUAAGGACACUGACAAACAUGGAAUUGACCAAAAUGAGAGAAUACAAAGAAUCAGUGACCUUUGAUGAAUCCACUGCUGGGGCUGGUCUUAAAAUAACGGAUUCUGGGAAACGUCUCAAGUACUCAAAAACCGCAAUGUCACCAACACCGUCUUCCAAAUCACAAAGGUUUGCUCUACCCAUGGUUUUUGGAGCGAAUGGCUUCAUCUCCGGUCGGCACUACUGGGAGGUUCAGGUGGGCCUGAGAAACAACUGGCAUAUCGGUGUAGCCCUGGAAACGGUUGAUAGAUCACCACAUACUGUGUACAAAGACAGUGGAUUCUAUUUUUUAGGAAAGUCUGGCUUUGAUUAUGAAGUUAGGGAUUCAGCCUGUAAAGUUCUCCAUCUCAGUCCCAGGCCAACACACGUGGGGGUGUACUUAGACUACGAGGCAGGUAGAGUGUCAUUCUUUGACGUGACCCAAAAGUUGCAUAUUUAUUCUUUCCUACAGGAGCAUUUCACGGGGAAACUUUUCCCAUAUUUCUAUCUGCACAGCGGCACAAAGAGGUCUGAGCCUUUGCUUCUACUUUCAAUCCUUGAUCCAGAAUACUACCUUCGUCUCAUUCGCUCUCUUGACCAAGCUAAAAAACCAGCUGAAUAGAAUCGAUCAGAUUCCAACUAGAUCCUUGAAAUCCAGAUGUCCUACAGAGUAAAAUGACCACUGGAAAAUACUGACAAAGAUUUUUACCUACAACCGUUCUCACUGUUUGGUUUCAGGGAAGACAUGUUAAUGUAAAGUGUUGUAUAGCUGGGGAUUAGGUCAUUUCGUAUCAAACAUGUUUGUAACUUCCUUCACAGUAAAUAUGUAAUGAAACAAAAGGUUUCUUCUUGGCCUAAGUAGCACUUGGUGGAAAUGAAAAAAUGUUACUGCCUGAGGAAUGAAACUCGCGAACAUUCAGAACUACAGAACAAGAACUUCAGCUCAAUCUUCAAGGCCACAUUGACUUCAAGCAAUACCCCUUGGCUGGAUGUUGGCAAAUGUAGCUAAAAAUCUUAUGGGUUGUUUUUUUUUUUCCUAUCUGAAGCAAAAAUCAACAUUGUACCAAUGAUUCUGAUAUUUUGAAUGUGCUUUCCAAUUUACAUUAUAACAAAGAGUAAACUAGAUUUUUCUCUUGAAUGUCUAUAACGUUAAGCAUUCUUUGUAACAGUAUCCUUAUAGCCUUUAAUGUUUUGGGUUUUUGUCAGCUUUGUUUGUUUCAUAUCCAAUUUUUUUUUAGGUCUAAUACUGAAUUUUUGAUGAAAGAUUUCAGACAGACUUGCAUUGAUUCGUUACGGCGGGCCAGAUUUGGCCCUCGGGCCUCGAGUUUGACACUUGUGUCUUAGAGGAAAGUAACCAGCCUGGCCUUUUACAGUAAAAACAUUAACCUGCAAUAAAAUACAAGAUGUUCCACACAGUGUACGUUAGAUAUCAUCUCCUCCGCAAUCCCAUCACAUCAAACUUGCUAAAUGGUGACCAGAAAUCUGCCGAAGACAGAAAGCUGUGAAAAUCCUCAACCAAGAAGUGCAUCACUUAAUUUGUUUUGCUCUGCAAUUGAAAAUAGAGUGAUAUUAACAAUUCAUCAUAUUGUACAACAUAAAAUUGGUAAAAAAGACAACAAUAUAUUUGUUUUAUUGUGCAUUUUUCUCUGCUACAAGUUUUCCUUCCACCCAACUUUCUAUUAAAACACUUGGAUACGGCACCAUGAAAACAGUAAGCAUUCUUUUUUUAACAAUAAACAUUUGUGGCUUACCUUG